GUGGUAGAUGCGGAAACUGGGGGUCAGGGCGAGACAGAGGGUGGGAUGGGCAGAAGGGUCCAGAAAAAGGAAAGUGCUGGAGGGGAGUGGGGACAAAAGCAGCGACCAAGUGAAUGUCACUUCAGUGACUGAGGCCAGGCAAAACGCGCGGGAAGGAUUUUGUGUAGCUUGGGACCCUUUCAUAGACACUGAUGACACGUUUAUGCAAAAUAGAAAUUUGAGGAGAAACGCCUGGGCCUUCGGAAAGGAGUGAUUGAUUAGUACUUGCAAGUUUAGGUGACUUUAAGGAGAACUAACUAAUGUAUACUAUUGAGGGAGGAGGAAGAGCAUUACAGAGUUUCCAGCAGCAGCAGGAAAGCUUUGGUUAGUUUGGAAAUGGAUGAUAGCAUUAAAAUAACAGAAGCGCCUCCAGGUCUCUGAAGCUUCAGUCCCCCAGCUGAAAGCCAGAAAAGACUAAGCCCACUAAGCCUUUUGAUCCCUUUGGAAGCAAAGAACUUUCCUUCCCUGGGGUGAAGACUCUCCUCAGAAGAUUUCCUGUCUCUGCCUAUGUUACAAGAGGAAUCAAAACCAAGACAGAAGAGCUCAGACUAUGACAGAAGGCACAACUUCAACCGGGGCGAAAUCCCAGCACAGAGAAGGGGAAGUAGACACCAAGUUCCACCACCAACCAAGAAGCCAUUCGCAAUUGCUGCCUGCUGGGAGAGGGAAUAUCAGUUUUCUCCAAUGGAGUGACACUGGGAUGCAGGUGAGAGGCAGGGAAGUCAGCGGCUUGUUGAUCUCCCUCACUGCUGUCUGCCUGGUGGUCACCCCUGGGAGCAGGGCCUGUCCUCGCCGCUGUGCCUGCUAUGUGCCCACAGAGGUGCACUGUACAUUUCGGUACCUGACCUCCAUCCCAGAUGGCAUCCCGGCCAAUGUGGAACGAAUAAAUUUAGGAUAUAACAGCCUUACUAGAUUGACAGAAAACGACUUUGAUGGCCUGAGCAAACUGGAGUUACUCAUGCUGCACAGUAAUGGCAUUCACAGAGUCAGUGACAAGACCUUCUCGGGAUUGCAGUCCUUGCAGGUCUUAAAAAUAAGCUAUAACAAAGUCCAAAUCGUUCGGAAGGAUACUUUCUACGGACUCGGGAGCUUGGUCCGGUUGCACCUGGAUCACAACAACAUUGAAUUCAUCAACCCUGAGGCCUUUUAUGGACUUACCUCGCUCCGCUUGGUACAUUUAGAAGGAAACCGGCUCACAAAGCUCCAUCCAGACACAUUUGUCUCAUUAAGCUAUCUCCAGAUAUUUAAAACCUCUUUCAUUAAGUACCUGUUCUUGUCUGAUAACUUCCUGACCUCCCUCCCAAAAGAAAUGGUCUCCUACAUGCCAAACCUAGAAAGCCUGUAUUUGCAUGGAAACCCAUGGACCUGUGACUGCCAUUUAAAGUGGUUGUCUGAGUGGAUGCAGGGAAACCCAGAUAUAAUAAAAUGCAAGAAAGACAGAAGCUCUUCCAGUCCUCAGCAAUGUCCCCUUUGCAUGAACCCCAGGAUCUCUAAAGGCAGACCCUUUGCUAUGGUACCAUCUGGAGCUUUCCUAUGUACAAAGCCAACCAUUGAUCCAUCACUGAAGUCAAAGAGCCUGGUUACUCAGGAGGACAAUGGAUCUGCCUCCACCUCACCUCAAGAUUUCAUAGAACCCUUUGGCUCCUUGUCUUUGAACAUGACAGACCUGUCUGGAAAUAAGGCCGACAUGGUCUGUAGUAUCCAAAAGCCAUCAAGGACAUCACCAACUGCAUUCACUGAAGAAAAUGACUACAUCAUGCUAAAUGCGUCAUUUUCCACAAAUCUUGUGUGCAGUGUAGAUUAUAAUCACAUCCAGCCAGUGUGGCAACUUCUGGCUUUAUACAGUGACUCUCCUCUGAUACUAGAAAGGAAGCCCCAGCUUACCGAGACUCCUUCACUGUCUUCUAGAUAUAAACAGGUGGCUCUUAGGCCUGAAGACAUUUUUACCAGCAUAGAGGCUGAUGUCAGAGCAGACCCUUUUUGGUUCCAACAAGAAAAAAUUGUCUUGCAGCUGAACAGAACCGCCACCACACUUAGCACAUUACAGAUCCAGUUUUCCACUGAUGCUCAAAUCGCUUUACCAAGGGCGGAGAUGAGAGCGGAGAGACUCAAAUGGACCAUGAUCCUGAUGAUGAACAAUCCCAAACUGGAACGCACUGUCCUGGUUGGCGGCACUAUUGCCCUGAGCUGUCCAGGCAAAGGCGACCCUUCACCUCACUUGGAAUGGCUUCUAGCUGAUGGGAGUAAAGUGAGAGCCCCUUACGUUAGCGAGGAUGGGCGAAUCCUAAUAGACAAAAAUGGGAAGUUGGAACUGCAGAUGGCUGACAGCUUUGAUGCAGGUCUUUACCACUGCAUAAGCACCAAUGAUGCAGAUGCGGAUGUUCUCACAUACAGGAUAACUGUGGUAGAGCCCUAUGGAGAAAGCACACAUGACAGUGGAGUCCAGCACACAGUGGUUACGGGUGAGACGCUCGACCUUCCAUGCCUUUCCACGGGUGUUCCAGAUGCUUCUAUUAGCUGGAUUCUUCCAGGGAACACUGUGUUCUCUCAGCCAUCAAGAGACAGGCAAAUUCUUAACAAUGGGACCUUAAGAAUAUUACAGGUUACGCCAAAAGAUCAAGGUCAUUACCAAUGUGUGGCUGCCAACCCAUCAGGGGCCGACUUUUCCAGUUUUAAAGUUUCAGUUCAAAAGAAAGGCCAAAGGAUGGUUGAGCAUGACAGGGAGGCAGGUGGAUCUGGACUUGGAGAACCCAACUCCAGUGUUUCCCUUAAGCAGCCAGCAUCUUUGAAACUCUCUGCAUCAGCUUUGACAGGGUCAGAGGCUGGAAAACAAGUCUCCGGUGUACAUAGGAAGAACAAACAUAGAGACUUAAUACAUCGGCGGCGUGGGGAUUCCACACUCCGGCGAUUCAGGGAGCAUAGGAGGCAGCUCCCUCUCUCUGCUCGGAGAAUUGACCCGCAACGCUGGGCAGCACUUCUAGAAAAAGCCAAAAAGAAUUCUGUGCCAAAAAAGCAAGAAAAUACCACAGUAAAGCCAGUGCCACUGGCUGUUCCCCUCGUGGAACUCACUGACGAGGAAAAGGAUGCCUCUGGCAUGAUUCCUCCAGAUGAAGAAUUCAUGGUUCUGAAAACUAAGGCUUCUGGUGUCCCAGGAAGGUCACCAACUGCUGACUCUGGACCAGUAAAUCAUGGUUUUAUGACGAGUAUAGCUUCUGGCACAGAAGUCUCAACUGUGAAUCCACAAACACUACAAUCUGAGCACCUUCCUGAUUUCAAAUUAUUUAGUGUAACAAACGGUACAGCUGUGACAAAGAGUAUGAACCCAUCCAUAGCAAGCAAAAUAGAAGAUACAACCAACCAAAACCCAAUCAUUAUCUUUCCAUCAGUAGCUGAAAUUCGAGAUUCUGCUCAGGCAGGAAGAGCAUCUUCCCAAAGUGCACACCCUGUAACAGGGGGAAACAUGGCUACCUAUGGCCAUACCAACACAUAUAGUAGCUUUACCAGCAAAGCCAGUACAGUCUUGCAGCCAAUAAAUCCAACAGAAAGUUAUGGACCUCAGAUACCUAUUACAGGAGUCAGCAGACCUAGCAGUAGUGACAUCUCUUCUCACACUACUGCAGACCCUAGCUUCUCCAGUCACCCUUCAGGUUCACACACCACUGCCUCGUCUUUAUUUCACAUUCCUAGAAACAACAAUACAGGUAACUUCCCCUUGUCCAGGCACUUGGGAAGAGAGAGGACAAUUUGGAGCAGAGGGAGAGUUAAAAACCCACAUAGAACCCCAGUUCUCCGACGGCAUAGACACAGGACUGUGAGGCCAGCAAUCAAGGGACCUGCUAACAAAAAUGUGAGCCAAGUUCCAGCCACAGAGUACCCUGGGAUGUGCCACACAUGUCCUUCCGCAGAGGGGCUCACAGUGGCUACUGCAGCACUGUCAGUUCCAAGUUCAUCCCACAGUGCCCUCCCCAAAGCUAAUAAUGUUGGGGUCAUAGCAGAAGAGUCUACCACUGUGGUCAAGAAACCACUGUUACUAUUUAAGGACAAACAAAAUGUAGAUAUUGAGAUAAUAACAACCACUACAAAAUAUUCCGGAGGGGAAAGUAACCACGUGAUUCCUACGGAAGCAAGCAUGACUUCUGCUCCAACAUCUGUAUCCCUGGGGAAAUCUCCUGUAGACAAUACUGGUCACCUGAGCAUGCCUGGGACCAUCCAAACUGGGAAAGAUUCAGUGGAAACAACACCACUUCCCAGCCCCCUCAGCACACCCUCAAUACCAACAAGCACAAAAUUCUCAAAGAGGAAAACUCCCUUGCACCAGAUCUUUGUAAAUAACCAGAAGAAGGAGGGGAUGUUAAAGAAUCCAUAUCAAUUCGGUUUACAAAAGAACCCAGCCGCAAAGCUUCCCAAAAUAGCUCCUCUUUUACCCACAGGUCAGAGUUCCCCCUCAGAUUCUACAACUCUCUUGACAAGUCCACCACCAGCUCUGUCUACAACAAUGGCUGCCACUCAGAACAAGGGCACUGAAGUAGUAUCAGGUGCCAGAAGUCUCUCAGCAGGGAAGAAGCAGCCCUUCACCAACUCCUCUCCAGUGCUUCCUAGCACCAUAAGCAAGAGAUCUAAUACAUUAAACUUCUUGUCAACGGAAACCCCCACAGUGACAAGUCCUACUGCUACUGCAUCUGUCAUUAUGUCUGAAACCCAACGAACAAGAUCCAAAGAAGCAAAAGACCAAAUAAAGGGGCCUCGGAAGAACAGAAACAACGCAAGCACCACCCCCAGGCAGGUUUCUGGCUAUAGUGCAUACUCAGCUCUAACAACAGCUGAUACCCCCUUGGCUUUCAGUCAUUCCCCACGACAAGAUGAUGGUGGAAAUGUAAGUGCAGUUGCUUAUCACUCAACAACCUCUCUUCUGGCCAUAACUGAACUGUUUGAGAAGUACACCCAGACUUUGGGAAAUACAACAGCUUUGGAAACAAUGUUGUUGAGCAAAUCACAGGAGAGUACCACAGUGAAAAGAGCCUCAGACACACCACCACCACUCCUCAGCAGUGGGGCGCCCCCAGUGCCCACUCCUUCCCCACCUCCUUUUACUAAGGGUGUGGUUACAGACAGCAAAGUCACAUCAGCUUUCCAGAUGACGUCAAAUAGAGUGGUCACCAUAUAUGAAUCUUCAAGGCACAAUACAGAUCUGCAGCAACCCUCAGCAGAGGCUAGCCCCAAUCCUGAGAUCAUAACUGGAACCACUGACUCUCCCUCUAAUCUGUUUCCAUCCACUUCUGUGCCAGCACUAAGGGUAGAUAAACCACAGAAUUCUAAAUGGAAGCCCUCUCCCUGGCCAGAACACAAAUAUCAGCUCAAGUCAUACUCCGAAACCAUUGAGAAGGGCAAAAGGCCAGCAGUAAGCAUGUCCCCCCACCUCAGCCUUCCAGAGGCCAGCACUCAUGCCUCACACUGGAAUACACAGAAGCAUGCAGAAAAGAGUGUCUUUGAUAAGAAACCUGCUCAAAACCCAACUUCCAAACAUCUGCCUUACGUCUCUCUACCUAAGACUCUAUUGAAAAAGCCAAGAAUAAUUGGAGGAAAGGCUGCAAGCUUUACAGUUCCAGCUAAUUCAGACGUCUUUCUUCCUUGUGAGGCUGUUGGAGACCCACUGCCCAUCAUCCACUGGACCAGAGUCUCAUCAGGACUUGAAAUAUCCCAAGGGACACAGAAAAGCCGGUUCCACGUGCUUCCCAAUGGCACCUUGUCCAUCCAGAGGGUCAGUAUUCAGGACCGUGGACAGUACCUGUGCUCUGCAUCUAAUCCACUGGGCGUAGACCAUCUUCAUGUCUCUUUGUCUGUGGUUUCUUACCCGGCAAGGAUUCUGGACAGACAUGUCAAGGAGAUCACAGUUCACUCUGGAAGUACUGUGGAACUAAAGUGCAGAGUGGAGGGUAUGCCGAGGCCUACGGUUUCCUGGAUACUUGCAAACCAAACGGUGGUCUCAGAAACGGCCAAGGGAAGCAGAAAGGUCUGGGUAACACCUGAUGGAACAUUGAUCAUCUAUAAUCUGAGUCUUUAUGAUCGUGGUUUUUAUAAGUGUGUGGCCAGCAACCCAUCUGGCCAGGAUUCACUGUUGGUUAAGAUACAAGUCAUCACAGCUCCCCCUGUCAUUAUAGAGCAAAAGAGGCAAGCCAUCGUUGGGGUUUUAGGUGGAAGUUUGAAACUGCCCUGCACUGCAAAAGGAACUCCCCAGCCUAGUGUUCACUGGGUCCUUUAUGAUGGGACUGAACUAAAACCAUUGCAGUUGACUCAUUCCAGAUUUUUCUUGUAUCCAAAUGGAACUCUGUAUAUAAGAAGCAUCGCUCCUUCAGUGAGGGGCACUUAUGAGUGCAUUGCCACCAGCUCCUCAGGCUCAGAGAGAAGGGUAGUGAUUCUUACUGUGGAAGAGGGAGAGACAAUCCCCAGGAUAGAAACUGCCUCUCAGAAAUGGACUGAGGUGAAUUUGGGUGAGAAAUUACUACUGAACUGCUCAGCUACUGGGGAUCCAAAGCCUAGAAUAAUCUGGAGGCUGCCAUCCAAGGCUGUCAUCGACCAGUGGCACAGAAUGGGCAGCCGAAUCCACGUCUACCCAAAUGGAUCCUUGGUGGUUGGGUCAGUGACGGAAAAAGACGCUGGUGACUACUUAUGUGUGGCAAGAAACAAAAUGGGAGAUGACCUGGUCCUGAUGCAUGUCCGCCUGAGAUUGACACCUGCCAAAAUUGAACAGAAGCAGUAUUUUAAGAAGCAAGUGCUCCAUGGGAAAGAUUUCCAAGUUGACUGCAAGGCUUCUGGCUCCCCUGUGCCUGAGGUAUCCUGGAGUUUGCCUGAUGGGACAGUGCUCAACAAUGUAGCCCAAGCUGAUGACAGUGGCUAUAGGACCAAGAGGUACACCCUUUUCCACAAUGGAACCUUGUAUUUCAACAACGUUGGGAUGGCAGAGGAAGGAGAUUAUAUCUGCUCUGCCCAGAACACCUUAGGGAAAGAUGAGAUGAAAGUCCACCUAACAGUUCUAACAGCCAUCCCACGGAUAAGGCAAAGCUACAAGACCACCAUGAGGCUCAGGGCUGGAGACACAGCUGUCCUUGACUGCGAGGUCACUGGGGAACCGAAGCCCAAUGUAUUUUGGUUGCUGCCUUCCAACAAUGUCAUUUCAUUCUCCAAUGACAGGUUCACAUUUCAUGCCAAUAGAACUUUGUCCAUCCAUAAAGUGAAACCACUUGACUCUGGGGACUAUGUGUGCGUAGCUCAGAAUCCUAGUGGGGAUGACACUAAGACAUACAAACUGGACAUUGUCUCUAAACCUCCAUUAAUCAAUGGCCUGUAUGCAAACAAGACUGUUAUUAAAGCCACAGCCAUUCGGCACUCCAAAAAAUACUUUGACUGCAGAGCAGAUGGGAUCCCAUCUUCCCAGGUCACGUGGAUUAUGCCAGGCAAUAUUUUCCUCCCAGCUCCAUACUUUGGAAGCAGAGUCACGGUCCAUCCAAAUGGAACCUUGGAGAUGAGGAACAUCCGGCUUUCUGACUCUGCGGACUUCACCUGUGUGGUUCGGAGCGAGGGAGGAGAGAGUGUGUUGGUAGUGCAGUUAGAAGUCCUGGAAAUGCUGAGAAGACCAACAUUCAGAAACCCAUUCAACGAAAAAGUCAUCGCCCAAGCUGGCAAGCCCGUAGCACUGAACUGCUCUGUGGAUGGGAACCCCCCACCUGAAAUUACCUGGAUCUUACCUGACGGCACACAGUUUGCUAACAGACCACACAAUUCCCCGUAUCUGAUGGCAGGCAAUGGCUCUCUCAUCCUUUACAAAGCAACUCGGAACAAGUCAGGGAAGUAUCGCUGUGCAGCCAGGAAUAAGGUUGGCUACAUCGAGAAACUCAUCCUGUUAGAGAUUGGGCAGAAGCCAGUCAUUCUGACAUACGAACCAGGGAUGGUGAAGAGCGUCAGUGGGGAACCGUUAUCACUGCAUUGUGUGUCUGAUGGGAUCCCCAAGCCAAAUGUCAAGUGGACUACACCGGGUGGCCAUGUAAUCGACAGGCCUCAAGUGGAUGGAAAAUACAUACUGCAUGAAAAUGGCACGCUGGUCAUCAAAGCAACAACAGCUCACGACCAAGGAAAUUAUAUCUGUAGGGCUCAAAACAGUGUUGGCCAGGCAGUUAUUAGCGUGUCAGUGAUGGUUGUGGCCUACCCUCCCCGAAUCAUAAACUACCUACCCAGGAACAUGCUCAGGAGGACAGGGGAAGCCAUGCAGCUCCACUGUGUGGCCUUGGGAAUCCCCAAGCCAAAAGUCACCUGGGAGACGCCAAGACACUCCCUGCUCUCAAAAGCAACAGCAAGAAAACCCCAUAGAAGUGAGAUGCUUCACCCACAAGGUACGCUGGUCAUUCAGAAUCUCCAAACCUCGGAUUCCGGAGUCUAUAAGUGCAGAGCUCAGAACCUACUUGGGACUGAUUACGCAACAACUUACAUCCAGGUACUCUGACAGGAAGGGGGAGACUAAAAUUCAACAGAAGUCCACAUCCACAGGGUUUAUUUUUUGGAAGAAGUUUAAUCAAAGGCAGCCAUAGGCAUGUAAAUGAGUCUGAAUACAUUUACAGUAUUAAAUUUACAAUGGACAUGCGAUGAGACUUGUAAAUGAAAGCAUUGUGAACUGAAACCGAGUCUCUGUGGAUCUCAAAGCAAACUCUUAACUUAAGGCACUUUGAUUUUGCCAACAAAUAAUAACAAACAUUAAGAGAAAAAAAUGAUCCACUACGAAAUAACAAACGGCUAAUGCACCUGAAUUCUCAGUAAAAAGACCUUUCUCUCGCUAACAGUUGCCAGCUGCCUCGUGUCUGUUUCCUACCAAUGUCACAAACAUCGCACACAGGGUGAAUGGAGUCAACGGGAAAGAUUAAGUUUGCGGUCUGUGUAAAUCUCAAUGUACAAAUAUUCUGUCACUGGUUUAUAAACAUUUUGAUAAAACCUACAGAAAACGA